AUGACUGCGGCAGUAGCUGCUAUUAAUCGCAUCCUCAAAGAGAUUGGUGACAGAUGUUUCAGCUUGCCGAAGUAUCUCAUCACCGAGCUCAAGUUCCAAGGAAUGUUCCUGUCCUUUCUGUUCUCUGCAUCAGUGUUGUCGCAGGCGAAGACGCUGGCCGCUGUGUUAGUGAUCGUGGUGCUGGAUGCAGCGAAGGCAGUGGCGGUGGCGGCCAUGUCGCUGCUGGAGCUCGGGGUGCGGUCAAAAGUCGAAAGGCGAGACGGCAAGCACCAGUACCUGCAGUACUUCCAAGCACUUCUCGAGGAGUGUCCGAUCAUAUUGGAGAAGCUCCGAUGCCUGGUCGACUUAGUCGGUAUGAUGUCAUCAGAGCAGCUGCAGAAAAUGACGGUCAAGCCUGAAGAUGCAACCGUGUACAGCCAGUUCAGCCGCAGCCUUGUGCUUCUGGCAGUGGUGGAGCUCUGUGAGGUCCUUGUGCCCGUGCUCUACUUGGUCAUGUCAGCCCUGCUUCGCACCGAUGUCAUGGCAGGGAACAUGCGCUAUUUCUGGAUGUUCGCUGACCUGACAGAUGCAGAAUUCCUGGAUGGGAUCAAUGGAAAUCUCUAUGCUGUGGUGGUUGAGGUUGUUGUCUUCUUGGGCCUCGAGUGUGCUGUGAGGGUCUGGACAAAGUUCAGCCUUUUCGAGUUCGCGGGCAUCACGAUCAGCAUGGAUUUCAGCUAUUGGCUUUCGGUCAUGGCACCGGCUUACAUCGUCUUCAACUUAAUCCAGGAGGAGCAUGGCGGCUUCCAUCCUCUAAUGCGCUGGGUAGAUGGGCUCUUCGCCAAAGUGUGA